AUGAUCGAUGGCUUUGAGAUUCUUAACAUCUCCUUUGAUCGAAAUCAUUCAAUCAUCAAAAUUUUGCUCUAUCACAACAAAAUGAAUAACGUUAUUCCUUUGUUCUUACUUGGUGUUAUGCUUAGUUCACACGGUAUAGCUGGUCAAUGGUACAUUAUGAAAAAAGAUUACCCAUCAGCGCUGAUGAAUUAUCCCAAUCCUGGAAAACGAAGUAUCGAAGAAGACCGGUCUUCCGAUGAUAAAAAGAUCGAUUGUUCAAUCCCAUAUUCAUACAUGAUUACUUAUACAGACAAAACGGCUUGGCUGUUACUGUGUAACGAUUAUCAGUCGCCGUUAGGAUCAACUAACGAUUUGUCAUCUGUGGGGAAUUCUAUUGCGGAUAAGUUCUAUUCAAGCCCUCGACUUAUAUCUCAUGAACGAAGGACUGCACGCUCUAUUCCACCGUAUCUUUACGAACAAAAGGAUUUAUUCCGACGACGCCGCCGUCGACGACGAUUUCUGAAUAGCUUAUGA